AUGCUGCCGCCGAAUUGGGCAGAGCACAAAGACCCUACAACGGGCAAAGCGUACUACUACAACUCCGUCACGAAGGCCGUGCGACGGGAGGGGAGGGGUGGGAAUCGUCGGGAUUUGUCGCAGGAGACGACCUGGAGCAGGCCAGCUUCAAGCAUUGGAGCCCCGCCUCCACCAGCACCCCCAGGUGGCCCCGGCACACCCAAGGCACCACUUGCGCCAUCCCUGAGCGGCCCGAAGCCCUUGACACCGCUUGGGGCACCUGCGGCUCCCAAGCUGCCCUCGGGUCCGGCGCCACCGGCGCCAGGAUCGCGACCAGGACUCGGUCCCGCUGCGCCAGCUCCACCCGGAGGUCUCUCGAGACCCACCGUUUCCAUCGCAUCUCCCAGCCCUGGAGCUCCACUAGCGCCCAAAGCACCCUUAGCACCGGGUGCUCCUGGAGCUCCUUUGGCACCCAAGCCAGCUGUUCCCCCAGCCCCGGGUGCGCCGGGUGCUCCAAGGGCACCUGGAGCACCUGGCGCUCCCCUGACUCCAGCUCUACCAGCCGAGUGGACAGAGCACAAGGACCCAGUUACUGGCAAGACGUACUAUUAUAACAAGAUCACCAAAGAGACCACCUGGGAAAAGCCAGCACCAAAGCCGGCCGCCCCGCUUGCACCUGGUGCUCCCAAAGCGCCUUUGGCUCCUGGCGCGCCAUUGGCACCAGCAGCUCCGAAAGACGACUGGACAGAACACAAGGAUCCGGUCACGGGCAAGACGUAUUACUACAACAAGAUAACCAAGGAGACGACGUGGGACAAGCCAGCACCCAAACUGGCCGCCACCACGCCUUUGGCACCAAAAGCACCUUUGGCUCCAGGUGCACCACCAGCUCCCGAUUUGAAGGAUGAUUGGACAGAGCACAAGGAUCCGGUGACUGGGAAGACUUACUACUACAACAAGCUAACCAAGGAGACGACCUGGGACAAGCCAGCACCUAAACUUGCGGCUACCACUCCACUGGCCCCGGCCGCACCAAGGGCACCGGGAGCACCCGGAGCACCGCCGGCGCCCGGCGCAAGUGAUUGGACCGAGCACAAGGACCCUGUCACGGGCAAGACGUACUACUACAACAAGAUCACGAAGGAGACUACCUGGGACAAACCUGCGGCUAUGGCAGCUAAGCCUGCCCUCCCGGCCCCACUGGCACCAGCGGGACUGCCCCCAAACUGGGAAGAGCACAAAGAUCCCAGCACAGGCAAGACGUACUACUACAACAAGGUGACCCGAGAAACCACUUGGGACAAACCGAAAGGUGCCGCGGCACCAGCAGCUCCCGCAGCACCUGGAGUUGGAGGUUUGCCGCCGGAGUGGGAGGAGCACAAGGAUCCGGGCAGUGGGAAGACGUUCUACUACAACAAGAUCACGAAGGAGACCUCUUGGGACAAACCCGCUCCGAAGCCUGGUCUUGCACCUGCGGCUCCCAGUGCACCAGGUGGAGGUUUGCCCGCCAACUGGGAGGAGCACAAGGACCCAUCCACUGGGAAGACCUUCUACUACAACAAGGUGACCAAGGAGACUUCCUGGGACAAGCCCGCAGGUUUUUCGGCAGCUGCACCCCCUGAUGCCGGGGGCUUGCCACCAAACUGGGAGGAGCACAAGGACCCCUCCACCGGUAAGGUGUUUUACUACAACAAGAUCACGAAGGAGACCUCUUGGGACAAACCGAAGGGUGCAGCGGCACCAGCAGCUCCCGCAGCACCUGGAGUUGGAGGUUUGCCGCCUGAGUGGGAGGAGCACAAAGAUCCAAGUAGUGGGAAGACGUUUUACUACAACAAGACGACAAAGGAGACCUCGUGGGAUAAGCCUGCGCCGAAGCCUGCUCUUGCACCUGCGCUCAAGCCAGCUCCGCUGGGAGGCCUGCCUCCCAAUUGGGAAGAGCACAAAGACCCCUCCACCGGGAAGAUUUUCUAUUACAACAAGGUCACCAAGGAGACUUGCUGGGACAAGCCCAAGGGUGCUUCCGCGUCGGCGGCUCCAGCAGGUCUUCCACCAAAUUGGGAAGAGCACAAGGACCCCUCCACCGGUAAGGUGUUUUACUACAACAAGAUCACGAAGGAGACCUCUUGGGACAAACCGAAGGGUGCAGCGGCACCAGCAGCUCCCGCAGCACCUGGAGUUGGAGGUUUGCCGCCUGAGUGGGAGGAGCACAAAGAUCCAAGUAGUGGGAAGACGUUUUACUACAACAAGACGACAAAGGAGACCUCGUGGGAUAAGCCCGCGCCGAAGCCUGCUCUUGCACCUGCUCUCAAGCCAUCUCCGCUGGGAGGCCUGCCUCCCAACUGGGAGGAGCACAAAGACCCAUCCACUGGGAAGAUUUUCUAUUACAACAAGGUGACGAAGGAGACUUCCUGGGACAAGCCCAAGGGUGCUUCCGCGUCGGCGGCUCCAGCAGGUCUUCCACCAAAUUGGGAAGAGCACAAGGACCCCUCCACCGGUAAGGUGUUUUACUACAAUAAGGUCACGAAGGAGACCUCUUGGGACAAACCGAAAGGUGCAGCAUCGCCGGCAGCGCCAAGCCCGCUGGGAGGUUUACCGCCCGAGUGGGAGGAGCACAAAGAUCCGGGCAGUGGGAAGACGUUUUACUACAACAAAGAGACGUCUUGGGAGAAGCCUGCGGGAGCAGCAGCUGAGCUGGCAGCCGGAGGCUUACCUCCGCAUCUUGUCUGCAAGCGAUCCUCGCGAAGUGACGUAGAAGGGAACUGGGAAGAGCACAGCGAUCCAUCAUCGGGGCUGCUUGGCAGAGACAAGCUGAUGUACACCAAAGACAGUGCGAAGGAUCUAGCCUUGAAUGGUCUCGACGCACUGAGGAAGAGCUUCUACUACAACACAAUCACAAAGGAGACACGUUGCUCGGCCGGAGGAAUGUCUGUCAGAUUUCACCUCUUGCCAGAAGAUGCUGACGGAUGGGCAUCAUGA